AUGGAAGACAUACCCGAACUAGUGACAGAUUUGAAAGAAACAGAGGGAAAACAGUACUCCAGACCUUCUGCAAAUGACAACUAUGUGGCGAAAGAGCCAGAAUUGCCGGUAGAUACCGAUAAGAAAAUCCCAAUAACUAUCAUCACUGGAUAUCUCGGAUCGGGAAAGUCUACGCUUUUACAAAAUAUCGGUAAAAAUUCCACGAAAAAACUCGCCAUUAUCCUUAAUGAGUUCGGCGACUCUUCUGCAAUCGAAAAGCUGGUCACCAUUCAAAACUCGAACGAUGCCGUUCAGGAAUGGUUGGACCUAGGCAAUGGGUGUCUUUGUUGCACCGUCAAAGAUAAUGGAGUUGUUGCCAUAGAACAACUUAUUGCGAGAUCAAAAGGUUCCAUAGAUUACAUUUUGUUGGAAACAACGGGCAUAGCAGAUCCUGCUCCGAUUGCUAAGAUGUUCUGGUUAGACGAAGGUCUCGCUUCUAAUGUGUACAUCGAUUCUGUGAUUACAGUUCUUGAUUCAGAGAAUAUUUUGACUUGUUUGGAUGAUGUUGGUGGCCACUGGCACCGCCAAAACAACCACCUCAAGUCUGUUCAAAGUGUAAACCCCGACGAUGUCACCGAAGAAGAACUUCGAAUUGAGAAAAACCAGCUCGAAGAAGGAAUUACUACCGCACACCUCCAAAUAGCCUUGGCCGAUGUUUUGCUCGUUAACAAAAUGGAUCUUAUCAACGAAGAGAAACUAGCCGCAAUCUGCUCUAGAGUCCGCAAGAUCAAUGCCUCGGCACCCAUAUACUCCACUCUGUUUGGAGACAUAGACUUGGACAAGAUUCUUGAUAGGCAUGCGUUUGAGGCUAGUUUGGACAAAUUAACUACAUCCUUGAGCUACACCACCGACGCUUCGUUCCACGACGACAGAAUAUCCACCAUAACAUUACUGUUUCCGUUCUUCACCACGGAUAACUUUGGCGCUGUCGACAUGUUUCUCAGGUACAUUUUGUGGGAGAACAAAGCCAAUGGAAAAGACAUAGAGGUUCAUAGAGUGAAGGGAAUAUUGGUUAAAGAUGGAGAAACGAGAGACGUCCGAGUGAUACAGGGUGUUCGUGACACCUACGACGUCAUCAAGGGCGGCUCUUUGGCCGAUGGAGUCAAAGAAAAUAAGUUGGUUCUUAUAGGAAAAGGAUUAAAUAAGCUGGAUUUGGAGAUUGAGCUUGAUAGGUAUAUCUGA